AGAUUCACUUCCGGCGACACUACAGAUGACUUGACAACGUCGCACGCUGUGGACAUCGGGGGAGCAUCAGGGGCGAAACACCUUUUAGAUUCAGUUUAUCAUAAAGUUAACAUGGUUGGGAAGAUAAAACAUGUCCGCCAGAAGAUUCACCAGGAGGCAGUGAAGCUCGUGAGGCCGAGCAGCCUCACACCGUCGCCCUCCUCUGUGGUAUCUCCCAGUCUGGAGAAGCCCGCUGCCUCCGGACCAACGUUGCACACAUUAAGUCCUCCACCGCUGGGAAACAACAAGAGUGACGCCUCGAGCGACGUUAAGCAGGCUCUUGCAGAUGGCUCCUUCCCCACUGGGAUCUUUGCUGGCACUAAAAUAACUCCAGAGGCCCUGGUGCAAACACUGAAGUUUGAGGAGCCUCCAGAUGUGCCCGUACCUGCUAAGAAAGGCCCAGAAGAGAAGAAAGUCAAGCCAAAGAAAGAGAAGAUGAAGGAGAGGAGGGAGAGAUGGCUCAACAAGAUCAGCUCCAUCAAACAGGCCAAGGAGCAGCAGGCGGCCGAGGCCCGGAGGCAGGCCACGCCCGUGGUGGGAGACAUGAGGCCGCUGGCCGACGCCCUGCCGGAGCUCUCUCAGCUCAUCGCCCCCGCUGCCACCGCCCCCGCUGCUCGCCGCAAGAGCAGGAAAAACAAAGUGCCUGUGAAGAGACCCGAGCCAACAGAUUUCAGUCAGAUGAAACAAUCGCAGAAACGCAAACUCCUGGAAACGGAGACCAUCCAUUUCAGCAACGCAGUAAAGACCCUCUCUGCCAAAAUGAACCCUCUGGCUGACAUCGGUGAGCAGCUGAGGAAGAGGAUGAGGCAGGAAGAAGAGCAAGGUCCCAGCUAACAGCAGCAGCGGCUCAACUGAAGUGCUUCCACAGACUCAGAGCUACGAAUCCCAGGAACGAAAACCCAAGCCCGGCACAUCCUUGGGUUUAAAAGGAGGAAGAAGCAGAAAUGCUGUACCCCGUCACCUCUCUUAACCACUGACUAAAGGAUGCUGCUCCCAGACAGAGAGUGACAGAUGAGUGGCAUAAAGUGUAGUAUUUGUAACUGUUGACUCUAACGGAUAUCCUCUCAGUUUUGUAUCCACGUUUCUUCUUCAAUAAUAAUAAAUCAUAGUACAUUUACAAUCA